AUGGCUUCUAAGUACUAUGCUCAUACAAUCUCUUCUAGCUCCGUCAAGGGGUUGAGUGUCCCCAGUAGGGGUUAUGCUCAAAUUUCUUCCGUCCAUUCUGGUGGCUCAUGCAGAGCUCCCAGCCACUCCUUUGGCAGCAGAAGUGUGUCAUCUUCCAUUAAGCUGGGAUCUGGAAGCUGCAUGCCCAGCAUUUGCCAACCAAGCAGUACUUUUAGGCCUGUGUUUGCUGAAAGCUAUGGAUGGCAUGAUGAAAGGAUCCUCAGUUGCAAUGAAAAAGAAUUGAUGCAGUGUCUAAAUGACCGCCUGGCGAGCUACCUGGAAAGAGUGCACUGCCUGGAGCAGGAAAAUGCCAAUCUGGAAUGCAAGAUCCGGGAGUGGUACGAAUGCCAGGUCCCCUAUGUAUGCAUUGACUUCCAGUCUUACUACAAGAUAAUUGAGGAGCACCAGCACCAGAUCCUGUGUGCUAAGACAGACAAUGCCAGGCUGGUCUUGGAAAUUGACAAUGCUCGUCUGGCUGCUGAUGACUUCAGGACUAAGUAUGAGACAGAACUUGCUCUCCGUCAAAGCGUUGAGGCUGAUAUCAAUGGGCUGCGUAGAAUUCUGGAUGAACUGACAUUAUGCAGGUCUGACCUGGAAGCUCAGCUAGAAUCCCUCAAGGAGGAACUUAUUUGCCUCAAGAAGAACCAUGAGGAGGAAGCAAAUGGUCUGCGUUCAAAACUUGGAGCCAGAGUUAAUGUGGAGAUGGAUGCUGCCCCAUCAUGUGACCUCAACAAGAUCCUGGAUGAGAUCAGAAGCCAAUAUGAAUGCCUGGCUGAAAAAAAUCGCAAAGAUGUUGAGACUUGGUUCACUUCCAAGAUGGAAGAACUGAACCAACAAGUAGUCUCCAGUGGUGAAGAGAGAGCGCAGUCUUGUUUGUCCCAGAUCAUAGAGUUUGGCCACACUGUUCUGGCAAUCCGGCUUCUGGAAUCCCGAGAUUGCCAGCACCGCAUCGCCUUCUGCUGGAGGGAGAAGAUUGCAAGUCGCACAACUCCAGCAAUGUCCAACAGCACCCGAACUAGCUUUCCCCUUUCUGGUCUGGGCUCCACCUGUGUUCCAUCUGCUCGCCCUCUGAACUUCUACCCACUUGGCCAUGAUCAAGGGAUCCUCAACUGCAAUGAAAAGGAAACCAUGGAGUUCCUGAACAGCCGUCUGGGGAACUACUUGGAAAGGGUGCGCUGCCUGGAACAAGAGAAUGCUGAGCUGGAAUGUAAGGUCCGGGACUGGUAUGAACGUGAAAACUCUUAUGUCUGUACCGAUUUUAAGCCUUUCUACGGCAGCAUCGAUGAACUCCAGCAGCAGAUUUGCUGCACUAAGGCUGAAAAUGCAAGGAUGUGCCUGGAUAUUGACAAUCUCAAAAUGGCUUCAGAUGACUACUGUACCAAGUAUGACUACGAGCUCAGUCUUCGUCAGCGGGAUGAGGCCGACAUCACUGGCCUCCGCAGAGUUCUGGAUGACCUCACUCUGUGCAGAGCUGACCUGGAAGCUCAACUCGAGUCCCUGACUGAGGAGAUGAUGUGCCUGAAGAAAAACCAUGAGGAGGAGUCCUGUGCCCUUCGCUCGCAGCUUGGCGAUCGCAUCAAUGUAGAAGUAGAUGCUGCCCCAUCAUGCAACCUCAACAAGGUCCUGGAUGAGAUGCGAUGCCAGUAUGAGGCUGAUCUGGAAAAGAAUCGUCGAGAAGUUGAGGACUGGUACUGUACACAGAUGGAAGAACUAAACAGGGAGGUGAUCUCCAGUGGAGAACAGCUGCAGAGUUGCCAGUCAGAGAUUAUCGACACCAGACGCUGUGUUCAAGCCCUGGAGAUUGACAUGCAGGCUCAGCAGAGUAUGAAAGCUGCUUUGGAAGACACAUUGCAAGAAACUGAAUCCCGCUACUGCAUGCAACUCUCACAGCUCCAAUGCAUGAUCAGUAAUGUGGAGGCCCAACUUAGUGAAAUCCGCUGUGAUAUAGAGCGGCAGAACUGCGAGUAUAAGACUCUCCUUGAUGAGAAGGCCCGCCUGGAUUGUGAGAUCACCACUUACCGCAACAUGCUGGAAGGGGAAGAUUGCAAGCUCCCCAAUCGACCAUGUGACCCCGAGGGUCCAACCACUGCUCGUUCUUCUGUCUGCCUGCCGGUUUGUAUGCCAGAGACAACCUGUAUCCCAGUCUUUCCGCCAGAAUGCCAACCCUGUGUGCAGCUGAUUGAACCCAAUAUGGCACCACCUUGCAUCAAUCCCUGUGGGCCAGUCUGUGCCCCGUGUGGUCCUAUGCCCUGUCCCCCCCAUGGUCCAGUCUGCCCACCGCCUUGUGGGCCAUGCCCACCUGGCCCACGGAUCAGCACAAAGAUCUGUCGCAUGUGAAAUCUCAGUAGUCAGAUUUU